AUAGCUAAGGAAUUACAGGGAGGGAGAGAGAGAGAGAGAGAGAGAGAGAGAUGGGUUUUGAUUCUUGUGAAGGAGAGGUUCAGAUUCCAUAUAUUGAUCUUACAAAGGAGCAAUUGGAAUCAAAACAAGGGAAUGAAGAAUGGAAAGAAUUGUGUGGAAAAGUGAGAGAAGCAUGUGAAGAGUAUGGGUGCUUUAUGGUGGGGUAUGAUGGGAUCCCUACAGAGCUACGUGAAGAGAUGUUCAUGGCCAUGAAGGAUUUGUUUGAUCUUCCAGUUGAGACCAAACAGAAAAACUCAAAUCCCCAACCAACCCGUGGCUACAGGGGGAAUUCAGGGGUGGCUCCUCUGUAUGAGAGUUUAGGAGUCGAUGAUGCACACUGUCUCGACCCAGCUCAAGCUUUUACACAACUCAUGUGGCCCCAUGGCAAUCCAGCUUUCUGCCAAACUAUGAAAAACAUGAGCGAAAAGAUGCACGAACUCGAACAAUUGAUCCGGAGAAUGAUACUAGAGAGCUACGGUAUGCCAACAUACUUCAAUGCCCUUGCAGAAACCACCCACCCUGUCUUCCGUAUGAUAAAAUAUAAUCCACCGCCAGCAAACGAUGAGGCGGGCCUUGGCCUAUUGGCCCACACCGAUAAGAGCUUCCUCUCAAUUUUGAGCCAAGACCAAGUAAAGGGCUUCGAGUUACUCACCAAACAAGGCCAUUGGCUCCAAUUGGCACCCUUGCAAGGCUCUUUCCUCGUCGUCGUCGGCGAGAUGUUCAAGGCAUGGAGCAAUGGGAGACUUCAUGCAGUGGAACACAGGGUGGUGAUGAGGGGUGAGAAAGAAAGGUAUUCGUGCGUAUUGUUUGCAAUACCCAAGGAUGGGGAAGUGGUUGAGGUGCCGAGUGAGCUUGUGGAUGACGAUCACCCUCUUCUCUUCCGACCCUUCAACUACAUCGAUUACAUCUACUAUUGCCUCUCUAACUUCAACAUCACCAGAAAUACCCUCGAGAUCUAUUCUGGCGUUUGA